AAUACGUUCUUACCUUCGGCACACUGCGAAGAGCGGUCAGAUUUCCGGCCAACGGAAAAUGAGCUCGCGGCCAUCGCGGAGCUGGGUGAUUUGACGAUCCCUGAAAACUUUCGGUGCACCGCACCGCCGCUAAAAGAGGAUACUCCAAAGGCAAGACUUGCUCAAUCGUCUCCCUAUUACAGGAACCCACAAACGGCCGAGUUCUGUUCGUGGUUGGGAAUAUCUGACCUCAAUAAAAUGUUGGCGGAAAGAGAUUCAGAAAGCGUCGCUAUUGCUCAUUAUAUGAUGGAUGAGAGUUGUGCUGACACGAGUGAGAUCACGAUUGACGAUGAUGAUAUUUUCGCUGACGGCGAGGACUUCGCUAUUGAUACGAGACCUCUACCUGGUAGCCUUGACGAUUUUUGCUCACCUAACGUCACUUCGAACAGUGACGAAGGUGCCAAUAUCGAUGAGCUGCUCGAUUUUACACCUCCUAAGAUAAUUAAGAAGAGUUCCACACCUCAUGAUGACGGUGGUAUUGUUUUGAAACGUCGGAAAGUUGAUCUUUCGGAGGAGGAUUAA